UAUGUUGGCAGAGAGCGAACGUGCUCCUGUCCUGCAUCAUGGCGUGUCGUUACAGCACGAGCUCCGUCCGCUCCUCCAGCGCCGCUCGACUGCACAGCUGCUUCAGAGAGGAGUCCUCCAUCGGCUCCGUCACCGACCAGUCCUGCUGCUGCCACGGUUACCAAGGUGAUGAAGAGUCCUUUGGAGGUAACCAUGGAAACCAUCAGUACACCCGAGCAGAACAGCAGGUCGACUGGAGCCUCGGCGAUAACAUUCAUGGUCGCGGUGGUUCCGGUUCCGGUGUGGGCGUGGUCAGAGCGAUGGGCGACAGCUACUUCCUGUCUGCAGACGUGAGUGGGUUCGAGCCUCAUGAAGUGGUGCUGCUGGCCUAUAAUCAGUGUUUGGUUAUUCACGCAGAGAAGACGGCCGCUGAUGGGACUGUUGCGGGCCGGUUUACCCAUAAAUCUGUGCUUCCCGCAGACAUGGACCCGUUAUCUGUGAGCAGCUCGCUGACCGCUGACAGGAUGUUGAUCAUCAGCGUCAGACGCAGAAAAUGAACUCACCUCUGACCUUCCGGGAUCUCAACACUCCAGACGUUAAGGAUUUAUUUUUAUUUUUCACCAUGUCCCUUUAAUCCAUAUUCUUCCAUUUCUGAUAUUAUCUCAUCUGACUUUAUUUUCUUUAGUGUAUUUCAAUAUCGGAAACACUUCAGCAAUAUUGUAAAAGUCAAGUAAUUCUGACUCUUGAUGGAGAAUAUGAAUUGCAUUGCAAUAAAUACACACUGCAAUACAUAUUUUCUUGAUUAUGAAUGCGUUGAUUAACCACUGCAGA